AUGGAGACGCAGGACAGCCUUGAUAUUGCCAAGCUACAACGCGUCGCGUUGGGAUUAGAGCCCGAACUACCCCGAUCAUUCUCUUCUGACCCAGCGGACAUUGCUGUUGCUUCAUCAGGGCGAUCCGAUCCUGUCCAUCUUCACUCUUCCCACAUUUUCCCUCGUGACGUGUCGCCGUCUUCAAUCGACCCACUAAACCCAACCAAUUCCGUCGCCAAAAGAUCUUCUUCCUUGUCACAACCUCGGCGAAAUGCGUCGCAACUUAUAAAAAGCUAUCACAGAGCGGCAGCCGGAAAAGAGACAUUCGUGAAACAGGCAAGAGUUUCAGGCAAAAUGGAUUCCCCGGAGGCUGCGCCCGGGGACACGCAAGUCGUGUCACAGUCCGUCUACGAUAGCAUUAUCCGACAGAAUGGAGAAUCGAUAUGUCAUCGAGUCUCUCAAACCGGCGCCGAUGAAGCAACUCUUCGAACCCUGUACGAGGGAGACAGCGGGCAUAUCGACCUAUUAUCACAAUUUGAUACUACUCGGCGAGAUAUUAUGACGUCUCCAGAACAGGAUGAGGACAGCAACUUCGAUGAUACUGCCUCUUCUCCGACGGCAUACAACCCCGACUUCUUCCCCGAAUCUCAGCGAUUUCUAUCGAGAACUCCUGGCACCGCAGUGAAGACACAUCGAACGCCGAGCACAUCUUCACGAACUCCCACACUUCCACGAAAUCCGUUGGCCGGAGAAAUUCCGUCAAGUGGGGGAAUGUUGGCCCUGAGCCAGAUAUUUAAAGCGACACAGGCCCCAUCGUCGCCUUUGGUACAUACGGAGCAACUGGAGCUGAUAUCCGACCGUCCUUCCCCGAAUCUUCCCAUUCAGCAUCGUCGAAUCACUAAUGCCGUGUCCUCGCCACUGACCGAGCGACCGAUUCGGUUUUCUCGAGAGUCUUCAGAGCCCAAUCUGCAUUAUAUCUCGCUCAAGGAUUCACAGUCUAGGCGUGAUAAGUCCCUGGGAGAAAGGCUCACUCGUUCAGCAGAUAACAUGCAGACAAGCGACGAGCUUGACCAUGAAUUCUACAAAGAGCCUGCCUUUGUCGAGAAUGCACGACGCAUGCGCCGAAUCGACGAGGAAACUGCUGCCCAAUUUGCAGCUCUAAAAGCUCCUUCCAGAUCCACUAGCCGGUCGGAUACAUCGCCAAUGCAUCCAGCGACUGAUCUUCCGGAGGAUGUUGCUGUCGAGGAGGCUGGGAGCGAAGAAGAGACAGAGCAAGAGGAAGAUCUUGGUCCGCAAGUUCCCCAAUCGCAAGACACGAUGCUUUCCCAGGAAGAAGACAAGGAAAAUUACCAUGGACCACCGCUUCAUAUGGAUGCCACAAACACUGCACACGACCGCCUUUCCCAGGUUCUUGCAACCGAUGGCCACGAAAGUAUGGCUAAUCAUAUCGGCCCUAAUCCAAUUCAUGAUUCUGCAUCCAUAGCUGUGCCCGUGAAUGAUCACCACUCUGGCCGUUCGUCGCAGGUGAUGGUCCAAAAUUCUCAGCAGACUCCAUACCAGUCACCUAAGCCUGAUGAUGAAACAUCAGCGGUCCCUUACGCACUCACCGAGGUAAAUGACGCGAAUGCCAUGUCCGGUGUUGAGCACGACUCCCCUCUUCAUGCCCGUGUCCAUUCCUCACCUCCUACACCUCGCCCUGGGUCGACUGCUUUCCUCGAGGACAGCUCCAAUUCGGCCAUACAAGCACCACGGGAGCCAGUCGCCUCUUUCUACGGAACCAGGCAGAUUGACUCCAACCAGACCUUGGACCGGGAAGCUCCAACCUCCGCGAACAAUGGGAGGGAAAUGGGCAUGGAACCGAAAUCUUCGUCGCUACCCUCACAGGUGACACAGACACCUGUGCACUUGCGUCCACAGAUCAGUGAUAUAACCCGUAUCACUAGCGUUCCCGAGACCAGCCCUAAUCAAAAUCGGCCAGGUGAAUGGGAAGCUGGAUCGAAUGGCCAUGCUAUCAGUAACGAAGAUGAUGAUCUUCCUCCAAUGUUCCGAGCUGAAAGCGCGAGCCAACGCUCGCGACCUCGGCCAUCUUAUACUCAAUCUUCGCCCAUCAAGCAACUGCAAGCGCAAGAGGCACCGUCCCAAAUUUUGUCAAGUCCCAGCGGACGACAGCGGCGAGCAUUAACGGCCAUAGCGGCCAGUGAUUCCCCUCAAAUCGACGCUAAGUUAGACUGGGGUCUCGACUUUUUCACUACCGAGGAUGCGGAAUUCAACGCCUUGAUCGAUGGUUCACCCUCGCGUCCGAGAAAGAGACGUCGAAUUCAGUUGGGCCAAAGCAUCAGGCCUUUGAACAUGACCCUUCCCUCCACUCCGCGCACUUAUCCAGCGAAGAGUGCUGUCCCAAGCCAAGUACAACCAAGGGUUGAAAAGCCCCCACCAAGUUCACAAGAGAUGCUAGCUGUUCAGGUCCCCGCCACCACAAUUGAGCAACAACCGGGUUACGUAUCACGCCUUGUCUCUCGGCCAAGCUCGCGAUCUACUUCACGGGCGGUUUCGCGAUCUCGCUCAAGACCGGCAAAUCGGUCCGCUUCACGAGCUAAUUCACGAGCGCCAUCAAGACCUGCUUCAAGGGCUCGUUCCCGGGCUCCAUCUCGGGCCCCAUCCCGGCCACCCUCUCGCAGAAAUGGGUCCGUGUGGGAUAUUGAAAGUCCGGAGCAAAGCGCUCGACGAAGAUCUAGGUCUAGAAUUACCCGGCUUGCUGCAUCCCCAGAUCCACCACCUCAGCGGAUUCCUGUGAAAUUCCCUGACGAGGUGUCACCCGUCAAGCAAGUCGUCCCACGCAGGCAGCAGGUCCUGUCGUCUGACAUUACCGACGUUGAGUCGCCGAUAAAUAUGCCCUUGCAACCUAGAAGCAGAAUUUCGGAAAGCCCUUCAACAAUACCACAGCUGCAGAGGGUCAUGGCAGCGAUCGAGAAUGAUAUAACGGGACUCGCUGCCCCAAAUCAAGUCAUUGCUGUAUGGCAAGGACAAAAACGCGCUUACUACCCAGGAACAUGUUUUGGGGCUCCUUCUGGAGUGACUCAGGGUAAGUUUUUGGUGCAAUUCGACGGCAGUGCUCCAGUGGAGGUGGUAAAAGGUGCUGUGAAGCGGUUUGACCUAAGCAUCGGUGAUGAGGUGAAGGUCGACAUGCCAAAUUUCCCCAAGGUCGCGCAUGUUAUCCGAGGAUUUGGUGAUCAGCUCACUCGGGAAGAGAUUCUACGCUCUGCAGCGACGGGGCUCUAUCCACAGACGGAUGUCCACGGUCACAGCACUUUGAUUCUGGCAUCGAAGCAACGCAAGACCUUGCCGCAAGGUGGAGUCAUUCCGCCGGAGACUUUGACCAAGGUGCCAAUCUCGCGGAUCUAUCUGGAUAACAUUUUGUGGAACCGAUUGAAGGACCGAGAGUCCUUACAUUUUCCAGAGCAUAUCUUGCAAGAAACGACCUUUCGUGCCUCGUCGUUGCUUUCUUCCUUGCCACUUUCGCCAAACACUCGCUCCGUACGCAACCUGCCGGACACUUCUCCUCUCUUUGCGAACAUGGCUUUUGCAAUUUCAUAUAAAGACGACGAAGUCUCGAAGAAUCGGGUUACAAGGUUGAUUCGAGAGCAUGGCGGGCUUUUGUUGAAUGAAGGAUUUACGGAACUGUUUGACCCGACCUGUCCCGAGACUCCCAAGAAGAACAGCGACCAGCGUGGAGCGAGCAAAGCCAGUGGACUUUGUCUCACCCAGGACGCCGUGGAGCUUGGCUUCACGUGUCUGAUUGCUGACACCCAUUCUCGACGUGAAAAGUACAUGCAAGCGUUAGCGCUUAACAUUCCGUGUCUCUCUGGGCGAUGGGUAGAGGACUGUAUCACAAAAGGCCGAGUCCUCGACUGGGACACCUACCUCUUGCCAGCUGGCGAAUCUCAGUAUCUCAACGGAGCAACGAGAUCUCGAGUGAUGGCCCCAAUUCCGCCUCUGGAGGCCCGUCUCUCGGACACCAUCGCUUCACGGCCCCGAUUGCUCGAAGGGAAAUCAGUGCUGGUGGUGAUGGGGCGCAGUACGGCAGAGGGACGACGCAAGGCCUACGUUUUUCUCACAUUUGCCUUGGGUGCGUCUCGGGUAGAGCAAGUCUCAGAUCUCGACACCGCUAAAAAGAUGGUUGAAUUCAAGCCUGAUAGCACCCCGGCCCCCUUGAGUUGGGACUUUGUCUACGUGGAUGACGCAGACCAAACCACUGCCAAAUCUAUGUUCUCUGACACCUCGAGUUCGAGUGUAUCACGAGGAAGAAAGCGAAGACGAUCGACCAUGCUUGCAGGAAGACCUACGCUGGCUUCCUUACUCGGUCCCAAGGUCGUCAGCAGUGAAUUUAUCUGCCAAAGCUUGAUUUUGGGUCAAAUUUUCGAAGAUUGA